GGCAGCACCAUGCGGAGGGGCGCUCGGCGCCCUGACGACCCCUCGCGAGGCAGAGAGGCCGGGGCCGCGUUGGGGCGGCGGAGAGCAUGAGGGAGGCCGGCCGGCUGCUGAGCUCCGGGCGCUGCUAGGGAGCGGCGUGCGCUGCACACUCGCCGGGGCGCGGCGGAGGGCGGGGAGCCGAUCGCCGGGAGCUGUUCUGAUUUCCGACGCGCACGCCAGGGGCCGGUAGCGACCCCGGCCCCCGCGCCGGCCGACAUGGGCAACGCGGGGAGCAUGGAUUCGCAGCAGACCGAUUUCAGGGCGCACAACGUGCCUUUGAAGCUGCCGAUGCCCGAGCCAGGGGAACUGGAGGAGCGAUUUGCCAUCGUGCUGAAUGCCAUGAACCUACCUCCUGACAAAGCCAGGUUACUGCGGCAGUAUGACAAUGAGAAAAAAUGGGAACUGAUUUGUGAUCAGGAACGAUUCCAGGUGAAGAAUCCUCCUCAUACAUACAUUCAGAAACUCAAAGGCUACCUGGACCCAGCUGUAACCAGGAAGAAAUUUAGACGGCGUGUUCAAGAGUCUACACAAGUGCUAAGAGAACUGGAAAUUUCUUUAAGAACCAACCACAUUGGAUGGGUCCGAGAGUUUCUGAAUGAAGAAAACAAAGGUCUCGAUGUUCUGGUGGAAUAUCUGUCAUUUGCACAGUACGCAGUAACUUUUGACUUUGAGAGCGUGGAGAGUACUGUGGAGAGUUCGGUGGACAAAUCAAAGCCCUGGAGCAGGUCCAUCGAGGACCUGCACAGAGGGAGCAACCUGCCAUCGCCUGUGGGCAACAGCGUGUCCCGCUCUGGAAGGCAUUCUGCACUCCGAUAUAAUACUUUGCCAAGCAGAAGAACCCUGAAAAAUUCAAGAUUAGUGAGUAAGAAAGAUGAUGUUCAUGUCUGUAUCAUGUGUUUACGUGCCAUCAUGAAUUAUCAGUAUGGUUUCAACAUGGUCAUGUCUCAUCCACACGCUGUCAACGAGAUUGCACUAAGCUUGAACAACAAGAAUCCCCGAACAAAAGCCCUUGUUUUAGAACUGUUGGCAGCCGUUUGUCUUGUCAGAGGCGGGCAUGAAAUCAUCUUAUCAGCCUUUGAUAACUUUAAGGAGGUUUGUGGAGAAAAACAGCGCUUUGAGAAGUUGAUGGAACACUUCAGGAAUGAAGACAAUAACAUAGAUUUUAUGGUGGCCUCGAUGCAGUUUAUUAACAUUGUAGUUCAUUCGGUGGAAGACAUGAAUUUCAGAGUUCACCUUCAAUAUGAAUUUACCAAGUUAGGCCUGGAUGAAUACUUGGACAAGCUGAAACACACAGAGAGUGACAAGCUGCAGGUACAGAUUCAGGCUUACUUGGACAAUGUGUUUGAUGUAGGAGCUCUGCUGGAAGAUGCUGAAACCAAGAAUGCAGCCUUGGAGAGGGUGGAAGAACUGGAAGAAAACAUCUCUCACUUGUCUGAGAAACUGCAAGACACAGAGAACGAAGCCAUGUCCAAAAUCGUGGAACUGGAAAAGCAGCUCAUGCAGAGGAACAAAGAACUGGAUGUUGUCCGAGAAAUCUACAAAGAUGCAAACACCCAAGUUCACACAUUAAGAAAAAUGGUCAAAGAAAAAGAAGAAGCCAUUCAGAGACAGUCUACCCUGGAAAAAAAGAUUCAUGAACUGGAGAAACAGGGGACCAUUAAAAUUCAGAAGAAAGGGGACGGGGACAUUGCCAUUCUGCCAGUCCUGGCUUCUGGCGCAUUGUCUGCUGGGUCAGAAGUGAACUAUGUGGGACCGCUGGCGGGGGCCACCUCCUCGGGACCCUUGCCACCUCCUCCCCCACCACUACCUCCGUCAUCAGACACACCUGAAACAGUGCAAAAUGGUCCUGUAACACCACCAAUGCCACCGCCUCCCCCGCCUCCUCCCCCGCCCCCACCUCCCCCACCCCCUCCUCCUCCCCCUCCUCUCCCGGGUCCUGCAGCUGAGACUGUGCCAGCUCCUCCUCUGCCACCACCCCCUCCUCCCUCUGCACCCCCACUGCCGGGAUCAUCUUCACCUACAGUGGUUUUCAACUCAGGAUUAGCAGCUGUGAAAAUUAAGAAACCAAUCAAGACGAAGUUCAGAAUGCCGGUGUUUAACUGGGUAGCCCUGAAGCCCAAUCAGAUUAAUGGCACCGUCUUCAAUGAAAUCGAUGACGAGCGUAUUCUGGAGGAUUUAAAUGUGGAUGAAUUUGAGGAAAUAUUCAAGACAAAAGCUCAAGGUCCUGCCAUUGAUCUGUCUUCGAGCAAACAGAAGAUAACACAGAAGGGAUCGAGCAAAGUGACAUUGCUAGAAGCAAACAGGGCCAAAAAUCUUGCCAUAACUUUAAGGAAAGCUGGAAAGACUUCAGAUGAGAUAUGUAAAGCUAUUCACAUAUUUGACUUGAAGACAUUGCCUGUAGACUUUGUGGAAUGCUUGAUGAGGUUCUUGCCGACCGAGAACGAGGUGAAAGUGCUGCGGCUCUACGAGCGGGAACGGAAGCCCCUGGAGAACCUGUCGGAUGAAGACCGGUUCAUGAUGCAGUUCAGUAAGAUUGAGAGGCUCAUGCAGAAGAUGACCAUCAUGGCCUUCAUUGGGAACUUCGCUGAGAGCAUCCAGAUGCUGACUCCUCAACUGCACGCAGUCAUAGCCGCGUCGGUCUCUAUCAAGUCAUCCCAAAAGCUCAAGAAGAUUCUGGAGAUCAUCUUGGCGCUUGGAAACUACAUGAAUAGCAGUAAACGAGGAGCAGUUUAUGGAUUUAAGCUUCAGAGUUUGGACUUGCUCUUAGACACCAAGUCCACAGACCGGAAGCAAACGCUGUUGCACUAUAUAUCGAAUGUUGUAAAAGAGAAAUAUCACCAAGUGUCCCUGUUUUACAAUGAGCUGCAUUACGUAGAAAAAGCUGCCGCAGUCUCCCUUGAGAAUGUUUUACUGGAUGUCAAGGAGCUCCAGAGGGGCAUGGACUUGACCAAGAGGGAGUACACCAUGCACGACCACAACACACUGCUAAAGGAGUUCAUCCUCAACAAUGAGGGGAAGCUGAAGAAGCUGCAGGAUGAUGCCAAGAUUGCACAGGAUGCCUUUGACGACGUGGUGAAAUACUUUGGAGAAAACCCCAAGACAACGCCGCCUUCUGUCUUCUUUCCCGUCUUCGUUCGCUUUGUGAAAGCUUAUAAGCAAGCAGAAGAGGAAAAUGAGCUGAGGAAGAAGCAGGAACAAGCCCUCAUGGAAAAGCUCCUGCAGCAGGAAGCUCUCAUGGAGCAGCAGGACCCAAAGUCCCCUUCUCAUAAAUCAAAGAGGCAGCAGCAAGAACUGAUCGCAGAGUUAAGGCGGCGGCAAGUGAAAGACAACAGACACGUUUAUGAGGGAAAAGAUGGUGCCAUUGAAGACAUUAUCACAGCCUUAAAGAAGAAUAAUAUCACUAAAUUUCCAAAUGUUCACUCGAGGAUCUUAGAAACCAACCAUACAGACGAGCCGACGCGGUGAGGAGAAGUGUCAGGCGGCGCUUUGAUGAUCAGAACUUGCGUUCUGUUAAUGGUGCAGAAAUAACAAUGUGACCCCAGCGACCUGCCUACAUGAAGAGGGUGUGCGUGAAUGAAACUGCCCAUGUGAACUUUAUGUGCUAUUAUUUAACUGCAGCCUUCAACACAAAUAUUUUAAGGGCUCAGAUUUAGCAAACACAUAGAAAUUUUAAAAUGAUGGGCUUUCCUUUCAACCCUUGUUAACAAGUGCCUAAAAAUGGAAGUACCUGCUCAGAUUAAUCAAAGCAAUAGGAUUUGAUUUGAUUAGGUAUCUUUUUUACACCAAUGUUAUUCAGUUUUUUAACCAAAAUGUAAAUUUCCUAUUAAAAUCAUUACCUGCCAUGUGAUUGUGCCAUGAUUAUCCACCCUGGUUUCCUGUUAAGUUGUAAAUAACAUGGAUGCAUCUGCUGUGGGCUUCCUUUACUGAGAUGUCUUUUAAGGAGUUAAUUUUGUCUCAGCCAUAUCCGUAAGUUUUGUAUUUAUAAGGACUCAAAACAUGGAAGAAAAGUCACAUAAACUACUUGUAUCCAUAACUAAGCCCAGGCAAAGUGCAAACAAGAUGCAAUUGCAGUGGCACAGAAGAACUUAGUCUCUGCUUUCACCUUCUACUUUGUUCUAGGUGGCAGAUACGGUCACUGGGGUGAAUGCAAGGAUGUGAUGGCAUAACAUGCUGUCCAGCACUUAUCUGCAGUACUGUGUUCUUCAGCUUGAGGCAGCUUUUUUAAUGCAAAUGUAUUUAUUAACUGGCACUAAAUUUAACAUCUCAGUAUUAAGAUUUCUGAGGACCAUUAUAGGUCAAUCCUGAGUAGAAACUGGUGCCUUGCUAGCCAGGGAGUUCACUAGCUCUGUCAACAAACACUCAAAAUUACACUUGCUAGCAGGGUAGUGUUAGGAACCUGGCUUUGUUCUCCUCUGACAAUCGCAGUGUUUUUGGUUUUUUUGGGGGAGGUAGGAGGGGUAUCUUUUUUUUUUUUUUUUUUUUUUUUUUGGUAAAUCGCAGAUGAUACAUUUGACAUCAUGCACUGAAGCUAAAUUUUUCUGUGAUUCCCAGAUUAUUUAUGGGGAAGUACAUUUAAGUUGCUGAAAAAUAUUGAGAUUAAGGUUAAGUGGUAUUUGUAAUGGAGCUAAAUGGCUAAUUAAGCCAUUGUUAAUUUUCUUUCCUCUCUGGCAGGGCACUUGACCCAUUCCAAAGUCAAAAACUGGACUAAGCUAAAUUUAUACUUUCCAUAAUAUACAUUCUGCUUCUGGCUUACCUUCUUGGUACAUUACCAUCAAUAUAUUAAUUGUAAAGUUUAUUGUAUAGUAUUUAACCACUGAAUUUCUUAUUUUAUGUUGUGCUUAUGUGAACCCCUUGGUGAAGGUCCCUUUUCCUUGGAUAACGUGUAGUUAUAUGACCUCUUUUUAAAUGUACAGAUAUUUUGCUAUAAAACUGGUGCAGUUUUUUAUGGUUUUUACACUUCUCUUUAAUUCCCACUCUAAGCCUCUGGGUAAUAUUGUAAAUAUUGUUUAAAGAUUCAUCGGCCUACCUACGCUAUACAAUCUGAAUGUUAUUUUAACUUAUAGUUUUUUUUUUUAAUAUAUAUUUAACUACAAGGACAGUUUAGAGAUCUGUUAAAUUUCACUUUAGUGUACCUAUUCACAGAUUACUUUUGAGCUGCCACCUGCUGGUACAUAAAUGUGUACUUUAAAAAGAACAUGCCAAGAUUUUGUCUUUCAGUUAACAUGCUUUCUGAUGAAAAUAGCAAUUUGGCUGUGAGAGACACAAGACAAAUAGUUGGAACUUUAUUACAAAGCAGCUGUUUUCCAAAGCUCAUUGGUGACAUCUAUGUUAAAAUAAUUGCCUAUUAUUCUUCAAAUAGACAAUGAUGUUGGCAUGUUCUUUACUGUUAGUCUAUUAAUGGGCCUGCUUCUUUAGCAACAUUAGAAAUGUUUUAUAAAAGCAAUUCAUGUUACUUUUCUGGUCUUUUCAUGGCAUAUGAGCAAAUAAACUAUUUACACUACUAUUCUGUAAUAUGUAGUGAUCAUUCAGUGGUGCAAUUUAGGGGGUUUCAGAUGUUUUAUAUAGACUUUUUCUUUCUAGAAGCACCCAUCUUGCUAUUUCAACUCAGUCCA